AUGAAAGCGUAUUUAGUAUUUUUGUGUAUUGCUUUAUUCUUUCCAUUCGCAUACCAGGCGUCCACACCGUCCGGUUCCGUUGAUUUAGACGAAUUAUCUUUUGACAAAAUCACUAAUAAAUUCGAAGUUUCUCUUAUUAAAUUUGAUGUCGCAUUUCCCUACGGUGACAAACAUGAGGCCUUCAUAGCUCUCGCAAAAGAUGCGAAAGACGUGGAUGAUCUUUUGAUCGCCGAAGUUGGUGUAAAAGAUUACGGUGAAAAAGACAACGAGCAGCUUGCAAAGAAAUACGGUGUCUCAAAAGAAAAUUUCCCUGUCGUGAAAUUGUUCAUAAAAGGCAAAAGUGAACCGAUAUCUUUCGAUGAUUCCAAAGGAUUUAACAGUGAUGAAUUGCGGCUCUUCAUUCGUGAAAACACCGGUAUAUAUCUCAGUUUGCCGGGUUGCGUGAAGGAACUUGAUAGCCUGGCCAUAGAAUUCAUGAAAGAAAAGAAAGAUGAUAGAAACAAAGUGCUAAAGAAGCUGGAAAAACUACAAAAUGAACUACCUGCCAAGGAUAGUGUUUCUGGCAAAAUCUACAAGACUAUUAUGCAGAAGGUUCUAGAAAAGGGUGAUGACUUUGUUCGGUCUGAAUAUGAAAGGGUUAAGAAAAUUCUUAACAGCAAAGUAUCGGAUGAGAAGAAAAAGGAAUUGCAUAAAAGAAUUAAUAUUUUAAUGUCAUUCCAAUUGCAUGACAAACAGAGUAAAGCUGAAAAAGCAGAACUCUAA